AUGGUAUAUGUGGAGAAUGUAAUUAACACAGAAAGAUAUUGGUGUCAACUUUGUAUUGCAAAAAGAUUUAAAGAAAAUAUUAAAAAUUGGACUAGUAGAAAUAAAGAUAUUGAUGAAUUAAUACAACAUUCACAACUUAAUGCUCUACAUCAUACAAAAUGUCUUGAAUGGAUACCUUUUGAGAAAUUUCAAAAUAUUACAAAUAUUUAUUUGUGGGAUAUUGUUUUCUGUUAUGGAGUAACUCAAGAUCCAAAUACCAAAGAUUAUAUGAUGCUAGCAAAUAACGAAAAAAGAUUAGAUAAAAAAGGAGUUUAUGAAGUAUUACCUUAUAUGGCACCAGAAGUUUUACGUGGAUAUCAAUAUACAAAAGCAGCUGAUAUUUAUUCAUUUGGAAUAAUUAUGAAUGAGUCUCUUUCUGAAGAAAUUCCUUUUAAUAAUAUUCCUCAUGAUUAUACUUUAGCUGUUAAGUAUGUAAAGAAAGGAUUUAGACUGAAAAUUUCUGAAGAUAUUCCAGCAUUUCUUGUGGAUUUAAUUAUGAAAUUUUGGGAUGCUGAAGCAAAAAAAUAGACCAAAUUCUAAAGAGUUAUACCAUAAAUUAAAGAAAUGGGAAGAAAAAGAACAUAAAGAUGAUAAAUCCGUUCUCAAAUUGAAGAAUAUGAUAAAACUAGAAAAAGAAAAUUGAAAAAUAGAUCAAAUGGAAAUAAGUCUGAAGGUAUUAAAACUCAUACCCGAGCAAUU